UUUCAGUUUUUUUCGUAUGUCAUAAAUUGCAGCUGUCAGAUGCAAAAAAAAUAUUUUUCAUUACCUUCAAAGGUUAUUUUACUAAACGCUUUACACAUAGUAGUUAGCACAGAAUUAACGUUGGCUAUUUAAAAUUGCACACAUACACUUUGUUAAUACAGUGAAAUAAAAAAUAUCUGAAGCAUUAUUUGGUUAGAAUAACAAAUGUUUCGCAGUAGAAGUUGGUUCGGUGGUGGCUGGAAUCGACCUAAAAAUCGACUCUCACUAGAUCACCUGAAAUACCUGUAUAGUGUUCUUGAACGCAAUACCACUGUUUCCGAAAGUAAUCGAGGGUUACUGGUAGAAUCACUACGAUGCAUUGCAGAAAUUCUAAUAUGGGGCGAUCAAAACGAUUCAUCUGUCUUCGAUUUCUUUUUAGAAAAAAAUAUGCUAUCAUAUUUUCUACACAUAAUGCGACAGAAAAGCGGAGGAUCAAGCUUUGUAUGUGUUCAACUGUUACAGACGUUGAAUAUCUUAUUUGAAAAUAUCCGCAAUGAGACCUCUCUUUACUACUUACUCAGCAACAACCUUGUUAAUUCCAUAAUUGUCCAUAAAUUUGACUUCUCCGACGAAGAUGUAAUGGGCUACUACAUCCUGUUUUUGAAAACUCUCAGCUUGAAGUUGAAUACCCAUACGAUACAUUUUUUCUACAAUGAACACACAAAUGAUUUUCCACUGUAUACAGAAGCGAUAAAGUUUUUUAAUCAUCCUGAAUCGAUGGUACGGAUUGCCGUCCGUACCAUUACUUUGAAUGUGUACAAAGUACAAAACUCAAACAUGUUGCAGUUUAUACGGGACAAAACCGCAGCUCCUUACUUCAGUAAUCUGGUAUGGUUUAUCGGCAAGCAUAUAUUGGAACUAGAUGCCUGCGUUCGUCAUGAUAUAGAUCAUCAAUCACAACAUCGUUUAGCAAAUUUGGUAGCGGAACACUUAGACCAUUUGCAUUAUUUAAACGAUAUCCUCUGUCUAGAUAUAGCCGACCUCAACGCGGUUCUAACCGAACAUUUACUCCAUAAGUUAUUCGUUCCACUGUAUAUAUUCUCCUUGACACCGUCACCGCCCAUCUCAAUGGCAUUGGUAACAAGAAACUUGGCGGCUGUGUUAAAUAAGGUGGUCGAUAUUGAUAUUAAAGAAAUGAAUAAUCCUCGUGUAUCAAGUGUUGUAGCACUGUUCCUAUUGUCGCUCGUUUUUCUUGUCGUUACACAUAGACCUUUGAUAAACGCCUUAACGUGGGUCAUUUUAAACGCCGAUCAUACUGUAUUCAAAGAAGGAGCAUCUCGAAUAUUGAAUGCCUACAUCGAUAAUCGUGAAGUUGUUGCGCUUGGAUUCGUUCAACCGGUUGAAAGUCUUGAGAAAGCACUGGAAAGUUCAGCUGCAUCUUCAAGCUCAUCUAAUUAUGAUCAAAGUGUGGAUGAUGCUAAUAGUAGUAGCAGUACAUCGACCACCAAUGAGCCGCCAGUAUCUGAUUCUCCAAGUCCUCCUACAUUAUCAGAUGAAAUGGAAAAAGUGAAUAUUACAGACGAAGAAAAGGAAAAGCUACUUUUAAACGCAUAUCGAACCCCAGAAUUCAACAGGCCUUUCUUAGAUAUGGUAUUAUCAUCAUUGGAUUGCGCAGAAAAUGACUAUCUAGCUUUGCUUGCACUCUGUCUGCUGUAUGCAUUAGCAAACAACAAAGGUGUGAAUGCCGAAUGGUUAGAUAUUGUGUUGAACAGAUCGUCCCCAAGCGGAUGCUCCAAGUACAAUAUAAUUUUGCUCGAAAAACUGCUUCAAAUCAUCACUCUCUCCAAUCAGCCAUCCUGUCGUAUUCGUUUGGUUACUAUUGAGUUAACGUUGAAACUAUUUAGUCAAAUUAUCGGAGUUGGUACCACCAACAUUAAUAUUUGUGAACAACACAGAAACGCUUUAUUUUCUGCUCGAAAUCAGAGUAUGACAGUUUUGAGAAAUUUUUACAAAUCUGAGGAUAUUUUUCUGGAUCUUUUUGAGGAUGAGUACAACGAAAUGGUGAAAAGUUCAUUGAAUGUAGAGUUCCUAUGCAACGAUUCAACUAUUUUGCUACCUCCAACGGGGACGCCUCUAACGGGUAUAGGCUUCACCCGGCGUUUACCAUGUGGUGAAGUAGAAAAGGCACGACGGGCGAUUCGAGUGUUUUUCUUACUUAGACGAACGUGUCAAAGUAUUACGGGUGAGCGAGAAAUGUUACUCCCUCUUACCAACCUAAGUCAAUGCGUUCAGGUGGAAAAUGCACUAGAUUUGAACAAUAGUGACCUAAUAGCUUGCACUGUGGUGAUGCGCGAUGGUACCAAAUAUCGUCGUUUUCUGGUAAUGGAUAUUCUUCAACUUAUUCUAGUUGAACCCGAUAGUAAACGGUUAGGAUGGGGCGUUGCCAAAUUUGUCGGUUUUUUGCAAGAUGUUGAAGUAAAUGGUGAUAAAGAAGACUCCAGAAGUUUACAUCUAACCAUUCAUCGAGGUGGAGUUACAAACAACCGUACUCCUAUUUUAUCAGCAAAGUUUACGUUUGACGAUCAUAUUCGUUGCAUGGCUGCAAAACAACGUUUAACUAAAGGGCGCAGCAAAGCACGCCAGAAAAAAAUGUUUCAAAUCGCUCAACUGUUGGAAAUUCCUGGUCAAUUGAAUGAUCCAUCGUUUCCUUUUCUUGCCACUGCUGGACCAUCGAUGCCGCGAUCUCUCCUGAGAUCAACUGCUGGACGACAACCAAGGGAGCAUCGCCCUCUCUUCUCAACUUCAAAUCGAGUGCCCGGUUUGGCAACAGCCCUUAGACGAGAAAGUAUGCCUUCAGGAAGUGUGAGUCGAGUACAGAUUAAUUCCAGUCGUUCCAUCGACGGUGAAACCAAUGGGGCCCGCAGAAAAACUAAUCAUCCAUCGCGCCGAGAAAGUAGUCAACCAAUAACUGUCACCACAACAAAACCACGCGAUGCUUCCCAUAAUCGAUCGAGCACUCCAAGAUCGCGUGAAUCCAGCCCUCGCGUUCCAAGACCGCGUUCGGAGGAAAUUCCUUUAGAAGAUUUUCGUAAUUCUCAAAAUUCCAGUCCAGUCUCGCGCGGUUCAUCGAAUGCAGCUUCUCGCUCCCAUACACCAUCGCGUUUAGGUGUUGAACCAGCAUUUUCUAUGACGUCAACCAAUAAUGGACAAAAUAGCGGAAAUAUCAACGUCGCUUCAAAAGAACCUGUUAUUCCCUCGGUGAUAGCUUCGAAUUCAAAUCCAGCAUCCAUUUCUAUUCCUGCCGAACUGAGCCCCACUUCGGAGGAAACUUCUUUUAUAGCAAACGAAGAGCGACAAAAGAAACGAGGGGCUAUCGAGACCGUUUAACCUUUGCCGCAUCUUCAUAUCUUUAAUUGCUUCACCAAAUCAGCUAUCGUUUUAUUUUAGGAUCACAAGAAAUUUUAUGUUCUGGUUGCAGAUUAGAAUUUAUGUAGUGAAAUAAUCGUGAUGUUUUUUUUUUCAUCUAUAGUUUAUUUGACACGGCACAAAUACAACCCAAUGUUUAACGGCGCCAAUUA